AGUCACAUGCUUGACCUACUUAAUCAUAACAUCAGGCCACCUAGCAUCACUUCCACAAUGUGAGUCCCUUUCAGUGAGAUUGUUGGACACUGUAUUGAACGAAAAUGACGUCCAGGAGGAAUAAUUGCUGUGUAGUGCAUUUUUCCACUGUGAUAAAUUGGUCUGUGAUUGUGUUAACAGGGAUUAUAUCUUUGUUUUGCUGGGGCACGUUAGGUGCUAUUCCCUGUGCCAGGCGUGACUUCAGCCAUGGCUCUGUAGUGUGCGUGUGCAAUGCCUCUUACUGUGACACAGUGGACCCCGUGACUUCACUGACCGCCGGCCACUAUGUGGUCUACCAGUCCAGUAAGGCUGGUGACAGGUUUGCCAAAACAACCGGACAGUUUACAAAGGGAAAGCUUGAAGUCAAUAGUGCAAGCUCUGUGGUUUUGACAAUCAACAGAAGCAAGACAUACCAGACAAUGAAUGGGUUUGGAGGGGCCUUCACUGAUGCUGCAGGCAUAAAUAUUCUCAAUGUCUCUGUCAAAACAAGGACGAAUCUAAUGAACUCAUACUUUUCACCUGAGGGACUUGAGUACAGUAUUGGUAGGAUUCCAAUGGCAAGCUGUGAUUUCUCUACACAUCCAUACUCUUAUGAUGACACUGCCAUGGACUUCAGUCUCAGCAACUUCAGCUUGACCAAAGAGGACACCAAGUUCAAGAUACCACUGAUACAACAAGCUCAAGCCAUGAACCACCGCAAGAUGAAGUUUUUUGGGAGUCCUUGGAGUGCGCCAUCUUGGAUGAAAACCAACAAGAACAUGAAAGGACGGGGCAGCUUGAUGGGGCAGCCAGGGGGGAAAUACUUCAAAACUUGGGCCCAGUAUUUUGUCAGGUUCAUUCAAGAAUACCAAAAGCAGAACAUUACUAUGUGGGGUAUUACUGCUCAAAAUGAGCCAUCCGAUGGUGAAAUCAUCGACUUCCCUUUCCAAGCCAUGGGUUGGACUGCAGACCUCCAGAGGGACUUCAUCAAGACAGACCUGGGCCCAGCCUUGCAGGCAGCAGGCUUUGCCAGCGUGAAACUGAUGAUUCUGGAUGAUAACAGGAUCUGGCUCCCACUCUGGGCAAAGACGGUCCUGUCUGACCCAGUGGCAGCCAAGUAUGUGUCAGGUAUAGGUGUUCAUUGGUACCUGGACACAGAAUGGUUGGUGCCUGCAUCACUGCUCACAGACACCCAUAACCUGUUUCCAGACAAGUUUAUCCUGGCCACAGAAGCCUGUGCUGGCUCCAUGCCCUGGCAGACCAAGGUGAUACUGGGGAGCUGGGAUAGGGCAGAGAGUUACAGUAGGGAUAUCAUAGAGGAUAUCUCUAACUGGGCCAGUGGCUGGACAGACUGGAACCUAGCUCUGAACAUGCAGGGAGGACCUAACUGGGUGAAGAACUUUGUGGACAGUCCAAUUAUAGUCAAUGCUGAACGUGAUGAGUUCUAUAAGCAACCCAUGUUUUAUGUAAUGGGACAUUUUAGCAAGUUUGUUCCUCCAGAUUCUGUGCGAAUAGACCUGACAUCUUCUGACAAGUCCAUACUGGCAGUGGCUUUCACAGCUCCUGAUAAAUCAACUGUACUGGUCACUAGCAACAGACAAAACCAAGAUGUGACAGUGGUAGUAAAGGACAGCGCAGUGGGGACCAUGACCAUCACUUUACCACGCCACAGUAUACAGACCUUUGUAUGGUGGACAUAGGAUGGAGAAUAUUUAUAACAUCUCUUUGACACAUUUAUCUUAUUUAUUGGGGUUGUAACACUUAACAGUGUCCCCACAGAUUUAAUCAUUAGAAAUAGUCUUUCAGCUCUCUUGUGAAGAGAUGGAGUCAGACGACAUUUUUCUUGGGUAAUUGUGGCGCAGCUCUUCCACUGUCAUGGAAAGAAUAUUAGAAAGUGUGCACAACUGAGAUCUCUCAGGAAAUUUGUUUUUCUUUAUGCACUUUGGUCAUAUUUAUGCCAGAAAAUUCAGUGUCAAAUAGGUUCAUCUGCUGGUCUCAGAGGUUCAAAGGUGUUGUGAUUUUGUCUUUCAUGCCAUUUCAUAGCGUAAUUUGUUGUAUACUGAGAGUUAAGAACAUAGAUAUUAAGUGUAUGUCAUGUACAACCUACAACUUCUUAUUCCACUGGUCUCUGCAACUAGCAUACCUUAAAAAAUUCAUGUCCAUUUCAAAAUGUGGCAGUCCAAAGAUGAAAUCUAUAGGCAGUUGAUCUGACUUAAAAAUGAAUUUUUUACUUGUCCAAAGUUGAAUUCACUAGUCAUUAGACUUAGACUGCAAGCCUGCAGUCUGACUGCAUAAACAGUGGUGUUAAUUUAAAAUGUGGCUAGUUUACAAUAUUGUUAUAAGGGUAACAGUUUACUUGUUAGAAAUAGGCUUUUUUCAUUGAUGAUAAACACGUUUGCUUUACCUGCUGUGAUACUUGGUAUUUUUCAAAACUGUAUUAUUACUGUGCUUCAGGACCAUAGUAUUAAUGUGAUAUUUUCAUGCCAGUUCCACGGGAUUGAUUUGACAUGUUUUGUAUUCAGCUCUAGUCCUGAAAGCUUUCUUUGCAAAUAGUUUGUGUUGAGCUCAUCACAGAGGUUGUGUAAAACAUUUGUGAGAUAUUGGCAUUUCAGUGAUAUUGAUUUUGAAAUAUCAGAUUGUCAUUGAAAGGCAUUAAUAAAUCAGUUUUGUUGACGUUUGUUUAUUAUGACUUGAUAAGUACGUUUUUUAAGGCACUGUUUUAGACCUUUUUAAUGCUGAAUUUGUCAUGCUAAAAAAGUGAGCUUUCAUUUUCCAUUGAUAGGUAAAAGUGCAAAUGUGCCUAUAGUAUAACCUGUAUGAUAAACACAUCGGGUCACAGUCUUCCUAACAUCGUUUGGUCUAAGAAGUUGAAUCAUUUUUUAAGAAAAUAAGAGAAAGUGAAUAAAGAAAACAAA